AUGGCAAAUGACAAAAUCGUUCUGGCCUAUAGCGGUGGGCUGGAUACGUCGGUGGCAGUACCCUGGCUCAAGGAGCAGUACGGCGCCGAAGUUGUAACCCUGACCAUAGACUUGGGCAUGGUGGACCUGGCAGCCAUCCAGGAGCGGGCCAUGCAGGUGGGCGCGGCCAAGGCCCUGACCGUGGAUGGCAAGGAAACCCUGGUCAACGAAUUUCUCUUCCCUGCUCUGCGGGCCGGGGCCAUCUACGAGGAACAGUAUCCACUGGCCACCGCUCUGGGCCGUCCGCUCAUAGCCCGCUACCUGGUAGAAGCCGCCCGGGCCGAAGGCGCCUAUGCCGUAGCCCACGGCUGCACCGGCAAGGGCAACGAUCAGGUCCGCAUUGAUGUGGGGGUAGCCGCCCUUGCUCCCGAAUUGAAGGUCAUAGCUCCCAUUCGCGACUGGGGUAUGAGCCGGGAGGACGAGAUAGAGUACGGCCAGGCUCGCAACCUGCCCAUCAACGCCAGCAAGAGCCGCUUCUCGGUGGACGAGAACCUGUGGGGGCGCAGCGCCGAGGCGGGAGAAUUGGAAGACCCGUGGCUGGAGCCUCCGGAAGAUGCCUACGACUGGACGCAGCCGGUGAGCAAUACGCCCGAUGAGCCGGCCUACGUUGAAAUUCACUUUGAGGAAGGCAUUCCCACAGCCUUGGAUGGCGAAAGCAUGAACGGCGUGGAUUUGAUCCGGUACCUGAACGCGGUGGCGGGUCAGCACGGCGUAGGCCGGGUUUGA